CGAUUUCACUGGAAAAUGUAUAGGCUGCGGAAUUAUGCCGCGUUCAAAACAACUGGGAACUCGGAAAAAUAUGAGGUCAAAUCAUUACAUCAUUGAUGUUCAGCUUUGAAAGUCGGAGCUCUAGAAAGAGGCUCGAGUUAUCGAGUUGGAGAUCUGAGUUGGAUGACCGUUCAAAAUAUUUUUCCCAGUUGGAGGUCGUUGUUUUCGAGGUCCCAGUUGUUUGUACGUUCGGAAGUCAGAUGUUUCCAGUUGUAUUGAACGCGGCAUUAAAAGGUACAGGUGGGGGGAGUGGCAGAGGCAGGACCCGUUAUCUGAAUGUUUUGGUUCGCUCGUGCGCAUAUAAACUGCGCAGCAUCUGCGCAUAUUCUAAGAUCUCGCACAUUGGUGGUGGGAAUACUCUUCCGAGCGGCGCUAUACCGGACUGUUCAUAUGUUGUUGAGAUUUGGGGCGAGACAGAAGUCCUAUGUGCAGUAUGUGACAAGGCCAGAGCUCCCUAAGCUGGCCUACCGCAGGGUAAAGGGGAAGAGUCCAGGCGUGGUCUUCCUGCCUGGGUAUGGAUCCAACAUGAACGGCCUGAAAGCUGAGGCCCUGGAGGAGUUCUGCAGGUCACUAGGACAUUCAUACCUAAGGUUUGACUACACUGGCCAUGGGUUAUCAGAGGGGGUGUUAACUGAUGGGACCAUCGGCACCUGGAAGAAAGACGUUCUCUUUGUGUUGGAUGAACUAGCAGAGGGCCCACAGAUCAUGGUGGGGUCCAGUAUGGGCAGCUGGCUCAUGCUGUUGGCAGCUAUUGCCAGGCCGGAGAAGACUGCAGCUCUGGUUGGGAUCUCCACGGCAGCAGACCAUGUCGUCACUGCCUUCAAGUCAAUGUCUCUAGAGGUGCGUAAGGAGAUUGAAGAGAAGGGCGUGCUGACGAUGCCCAGCAAGCACAGAGAGGAGGGCGUCUACACAUUCACCAUGGACUUCCUGAAGGAGGCGGAGAACCACUGUGUCCUCCAGAGUCCCAUCCCCAUCACCUGCCCCGUGAGGCUCAUCCAUGGCCUGAAGGAUGACGACGUGCCCUGGCACAUCUCCAUGCAAGUGGCCCAGCGCGUCCUCAGCCCAGACGUGGACGUCAUCCUCCGCCGCCACGGUCAGCACCGCAUGGCCGAGAAGGACGACAUCAAGCUCAUGGUCUACACCAUUGACGACCUCAUAGACAAGCUGACCACGCUCGUUUGAGCCGGUGGAAGGGUUAGGGAAGGGGGGGUGAGUUGGAAAUCCCACCCCCCAUUGGAGCUGCUCCUACCUCCCAGCCAUAUAAGAUCCCUUUAUCCCAGCUCUCCCACUCUCCCCUUACCCUUCCUCCCAGUCUGCCCCUGGUCAGUUUAUCCUAAUUAUGCUGUUACAAAGAGAAGGAGAGAAACGAGGAUCACCGAAAGUACAAACUGAUGGAACGAGGAGCACGUCUGUCAAUAACCUCAGCCAGGUUCUGGAUGCCUUGGGGAGGGAGUGUGACUGUUACAAGUUCCAGUUUACUCUGUGCAGUGUUGCUUUGGUCAAGCUUUCUAUGGGCCAUGCUGCCACUGCUGCUGCUGUUUGGUUGACAGAACAUGCUGGUCCUUUUGCCAGACCCCAGUAGUUUUCCUGUGCCUUUUUACCACGUCUCACCCCGUUGGGCCAAUAAAGCCUCUGCACACCAGA